AUGCGAAGUCGUAUAUUCGCGGAAACGGACUUGAACUACAAGAGGGCAGUGGAAUUGGCGCUGGCGCUGGAGGCGGCGGAGCGGCACGCGGAGGCAAGCGGCUCGGGCGGCACGGCGCCGGGCGCGGGCCCGCACGGCGCGGCGGUCGCGGGUGGCGCCGGCGCGGCUCCUGUACAGGUGCAUAAGCUGGACGCGGCGGACAGCGGCGGGCCGCGCGGCGCGCGUCAGCGGCAUUGUUGGAGGUGCGGGCGGCAGCACCCGGCCGAAAGGUGCAAGUUUCGGCAAUAUACUUGUGAUCUGUGCAUGGCGAAAGGCCAUUUAAAGAACAUGUGCAAAAAUGUGAGUGAGCGUCCUAGUCAGUUUACGAAGAAGAAGAAGAAUCAGUUUUUUUUAGAAGCUGAAACGGAGAACGACGAUAGUGAUUUUUAUAACAUACAGGUUGAUGGCGUUGCGGAUAAACCGUAUGUAGUACAAAUUUUUAUACAAAGUGUACCUAUAAAUUUUGAAGUCGAUACGGGUAGUAAAAUAUCAGCAAUCAAUGAACAUAUGUUUAAAAUGUAUUUUCAAUCUUGUGAAGUGUUUGAAUGUAAUUUAACCUUAAGGUCCUAUACGGGGAAUGUGAUCAAACCCAUCGGUUUUAUUAGAGUUCUAGCGCGGUAUGUUAAUUGUAAUGGCGAGGAGCGCACGGCGCGGGCGCUACCGCUGUACGUCAUACCGGGCGGUGGUCCGCCGAUACUAGGCCGGGCGUGGCUGCGACAUUUACAGCUGAAUAAUAUCAGCAUAAGGUUAAAUCAUUUGGGACAACCGAACACGGUUGAUGAGACGGAGCAGAUAAUUUUAAAUUUUAAACAAGAAUUUUCUGAUGUUUUUGCCCCCGGAUUGGGUACUUGUACUAAAAAGUUUUCGUUACGGCUGAAAGAUGAUGAACCAGUUUUUCAUAAAGCACGCAAUCUACCGCUAGCGUUGCGUGAACCUGUAGAAAAGGAGAUUCAACGUUUAGUUAGUCAGGGCACUAUUGUCAGAGUGGAAAAUUCGGAUUAUGGGACCCCAAUCGUCCCCGUUAUCAAGAAAUGUGGCAGUAUUCGAAUAUGCGGCGACUAUAAGGUCACUAUCAAUCCUAAAUUGAAGCGCGAACCGUACCCGUUGCCGCGUAUUGAAGAGUUGUAUAGCAUACUGAGCGGAGGGAUUUUUUUUAGUAAGAUAGACUUGGCUCACGCUUACGAACAGGUAAUUUUAACCGAGGAUUCCCGACCGUGCACAGCAAUCAGUACACAUGUAGGCACUUUUCAGUAUAUUCGUACCCCGUACGGUUUAAGUUGUAUACCGGAAAAAUUCCAAAAGAUGAUGGAGGAAGUAGUAAGAGGGGUACCGAAUACGGUCGUAUUUUUGGAUUACAUUUGCGUUGCGGGUGCUGACUUUAAAAGUCAUCUCCGGAACUUGCGUGAGGUAUUUCAGAGGUUGCAAAAAGUAGGGCUAAGAAUCAAGUUUGAAAAAUGUGAAUUCUUUAAAUCAGGCGUCUGCUACCUCGGUCAUAUUAUCGACAGGGACGGCCUACGGCCGGACCCCAAGAAGAUCAGAGCCAUUGCCGAAUCACCCCGUCCCACUGAUGUUCAACAGCUCAAGGCGUUGGUAGGUCUCGUUAACUAUUACGGAAAAUUUAUACCUAAUCUGAGUAAUUUAUUACAUCCACUUUACGAGCUAUUUAAAAAAAAUCGUCCUUGGAACUGGAGUGCAAAUUGUGAAAUGGCCUUAAAGAAAGUAAAAAAUAUUUUACUUAGCGAUAAAAUCUUAGCUCACUACGAUCCCACCUUGCCUAUAGUGUUGAGCGUGGACAGCAGUGCUUACGGGGUCGGGGCGGUGCUGGCGCACCGGUACCCGGACGGCUCGGAGCGACUGAUAUGCUGCGCGUCGCGAACUCUGAACGCGGCGGAGAAAUCGUACAGCCAGCUCGAUAAGGAGGCACUGGCGAUAUUUUUCGGUGUCACAAAGAAUCACCAGUACCUUUAUGGUAGAAGUUUUGUUAUUCGUACGGAUCAUAAGCCUUUGUCCUAUAUUUUCGGAGAGAAACUGGGUAUCCCACAGACGGCAGCCAGCCGCUUACAGCGGUAUGCCGCUCGGUUGGCCGCUUACGACUAUACCGUAGAGUGGGUCAACUCUGCACAGAACGGGCCCGCGGACUGUCUCUCGCGGUUGCCAUUACCUCAGAACGGCAAUGAUACCUCUGUGGAUGCAUAUUCAUAUUUGUGUUUUUUAGAAAGCGCGUUCCCUGUGAAUCAUAAAGACAUAGCGGAGGCGGUUAAAAUAGAUCCCGUUUUGCGAAACGUUUAUAAAUAUAUAAUUUUCGGUUGGCCUUCAAAUACAGAUGUCGUUCAAGAAAAGCCUUAUUUUAAUCGCAAAGAUAAUUUGUACGUAGACUCUGGUUGUAUUAUGUAUAACUACAGAAUAGUCAUACCGCCCAAGUUCCGCCAAUAUAUUUUAAACGAGUUACAUGAGGGUCAUUUAGGGGUUGUCAAAAUUAAAAACACAGCCCGGAGCUACGUAUAUUGGCCGGGCUUGGACGGUGACGUUGAGCAAAUAUGUAAAAGCUGCGCGGCGUGCCAGCAGCAGCGCGACGCGCCACCGCACGCGCCGCUCACGCCCUGGGAGUUCCCCGCGCGGCCCUGGCAGCGCUUACACGCCGACUUUGGGGAAUACAACGGGAAACAUUACUUAAUUAUUGUUGAUGCGUACAGCAAAUGGAUUGAAGUUUUUCAAUUAAAUAGUACUGCUGCGAAGUUCGUAAUUUCUAAAUUUAGAGAAAUAUUUGCUCGAUUUGGUUUACCACUUCAAGUCGUCACAGAUGGGGGGCCUCCGUUCGGUUCCCAUGAAAUAAAGGAAUAUUUUAAUAGGAACGGUAUCAUCCAUAACAUCACUAGUCCGUAUAGACCUAAGGGCAACGGCGCCGCCGAGAAUGCUGUUAAAACUGUCAAACGCUGUAUUAAAAAGGCUUGUUUCGAAGGGGUAGAAAUCGAUGCUGCAAUAAAUAAAAUGUUGUUUAAUUAUAGAAACUGCGAGCAAGCUACUACCGGCGUAGCACCAGCAGUAGCAUUGAUCGGACGGAGAUUGAGGGGUCGUUUGGAUAUUCUACGGCCAGAUGUUGCAUCACGUGUCCGCAGUAAGCAACUUGUGCAAAUUGAGCGCGCUGGUGGCACGCAGCGUGAGGUUCAGCGUGGAGAUAAUGUGUUUAUUAGAAAUUAUGGCAGAGAUAAAACUAAGUGGGUUGAAGGUCAGGUGAGCGAUCAGGUAGGGCCUUCUUCGUUUGAAGUUAAUGUGCCGCAUGGCACGGUAAGGAGGCAUAUUGAUCAAAUUAUUAAACCUGCUAGGGCCUCUAAGCGCUACUCGCUCACAUACACCUCCAAAGACACCAAUGGUGACAUGACGUCAGACUUUGAUAUUUUACCCGAGCAACCUGUGACGGCACAGAAUUCAGAAAUAAUAUCGGGACCGGAGAGGAAGGAUCACAGUUCUGACGUUCAGUCUGUUGUUAAAGAUCAGGUAGAGGAUGAUAAGUACGAACUAGCGUCCACCUCGUAG